AUGCCGACGUACAGCACGUCCAUUCCCUCCAGCCCCAGCACCCCGGGACGGCUGGGGACGCCACGCCGGCACGACUGGAACCGAUCCUUGAGCUCUCAGAUGGGGGUUCUCCAGCAGCACCCCGCCAACAGGCAGACACAGCGGCUAGGCUACUGGACCAUGAGCCGAAAGUUGGUGCUGGUGAUGGUGGGGCUCCCGGCGAGAGGGAAGAGCUACAUCGUAAAGAUGCUCAUCAGAUAUCUCAACUGGAUUGGGUUCCCAACGAAGGUGUUCAAUAUCGGGGACUAUAGGCGGAGGUUAGGUUAUGGCGGGGUGGCGAAGUCUUUCUUCGAGAAGGGCAACGAAGAGGGACAGAGAGUGCGCUCCCAGAUGGUUCAGGUGGCGCAGGACGAGAUGUACGAGUGGCUUCAGGAGGAAGACUGCGCAAAGGUGGCGCUCUUCGACGCCACCAACACCACCAAGAAAAGGAGACACCUGCUGGUGCAGCGCUCCAAGAACUACAAGCUCAAGCUGAAGAACGACGACUACAAAAACCAAGACCCCGAUGCCGCGCUCAGGGACUUCAAGCAGAGAGUGAAAGCAUACGAGGCUGUGUACGAGACAAUAGAGGACAACGAAGACAUGGGGGACAUCCAGUACAUCAAGCUCUACAACGUAGGGCAGAAGGUGGUGACGAGAAACUGCAAGGGCUACUUGCCGAGCCAGGUCGCCUUUUACCUGCAGAACAUCCACAUCGGACCGCGCAAGAUCUGGCUGACCCGACCGGCGGGGAGCGUUCUCCCAGUCAGCGACUACGACGUCGGGGAGGGGGGCGAAGAGCUAACGGAGGAGGGGAGGCGUUACAGCAUGACCGUCGCAAAGUACCUUCAAGCGGAGCAGGAAACCUCUAAAAUCACGGGUCCAGGGGCGGAGAUCCUCAUCUUGGCGGGGACCCAGAAAGUCGACCGCGAGUCGAUCGCUCACUUGCAGAUGCUGUAUCCGGUCGCCACGACCCCCCUCCUGAACGAGAUCCACGGGGGAGAGCUCUCCGGCAUGGACCGCGAGAGCUUCCGCACGCAGUACCCCGAGUUGUGGGAGCUGAGGGAACAGGACAAGCUGGAGUUCAGGUUCCCGGGGGCCGGGGGAGAGUCGUACCAGGACGUGAUCCAGAGAGUGCGGCCAAUCAUCGUAGAACUCGAGCGGCAGCCACGAAGCUUGGUGGUUGUGUGCCACCUGGCCGUGCAGCGGUGCCUCCACGCCUACUUCAUGGGCAUCGAGGUGUCCAAGGUACCGUACAUCGACCUGCCGACGCACGAGCUGACGGAGCUCAUCCCGUCGCCGUUCGGCACGGACUGCCGACAUAUCACCCAGGCCGAGAUGAUGUCGCACUUCUAAAUUUUCGGCUGGAGAUAGUAGCAUAGGUAGGCGCAGAGCAGGCGGGACGCGACAUCGAUAUGACGUCGCGCUUCCCAGGAGCAUGACGGGCGGACGUGGUGGCGAAUGUGUCUGUUGUUUGUGCGACUACUGUAGCUCGCUCGCUCGCUGCGUACCAUGUCUCUUCUACGCAAGGUAAAUUUGGUGGUACAGAUGAUGUUGUCGUGUUGCCCAAGAUCGAGUCGAUAUGUAUUGGCCGACGCAGAAAAUCAUCCAUGUCUCCGCCCCCCCGACCCCCGGCUACCCCUACCGGCAAGGGUAUGUCGGCGUGUGGAGUAGUUGUAGCAGCCUGCUACCGUAGUGCUUCCGCCCUGCGUCACGUUGAUUCCUCAUAAUGGUAGCAGGAGUGACGAGGCUGACGGGAUGUGUCGUUCGUUGGCUGCGAGGCCGCGGUCAUGAGCCGCACGUACGUGCCGACCGAUAGAUCCGGUUCGCUGCGUAGUUGGUAGACGAUGUCGCAGGCGAGUGAGUGAAACGGUUGUUCUUUGGUCAUCGUCUUGGGGUUGCGAAGCGAUUCCCUUUCGUCUUGUCUACAAUAAAAUAUCAUAGACUGGUAAGAACAACAGCGAUACUUUGGUGCUCAUUGGGGAUAAGAUCGUGUGUUAUGCUCGGAA